AUGCUCAAGUCCCGUGAUCCCUACGCGGCAGUCUCCCUAGUGGUAGAGCUGAUGCUCAAGUCCCGUGAUCCCUACGCGGCAAUCUCCCUGGUGGUCGACCUCAACCUCUUCCCCACCGUCUUCCCGCUCCCCCACGCGCCCUCGCACACUGCUGAUGUUCCUCCCGACGACGAGUUACCCGGCCUCUGUGAAGCAUCGUUUGCAGCCACUUGCACGCGCCUGCACCAGUGGGAGCAACAGCUGCCCCAGGCUCUGAUUGAUCACUCGUCAGACCUGCGAGUGGGUCUGCUGCUGGCUGCGCUGCUGAUGCCUCUCAGGCACGCGCACUACCUGGAUAGGAAGAAGAAGGAGGUGAGAGAGGGGUGGCACGCGCACUACCUGGAUAGGAAGAAGAAAGAGGUGCCAUUCGCACAACACAUCGUCCUGGACUCGCUCAAGCUCAAACGAGCCUAUGCGGACAUGGCAGGUGCCCCCACCCUGUAUGCUGAUGUGGCAUGUGCCGCCACCCUGUAUGCUGACGUGGCGUGUCCCCCCACCUGUAUGCUGACUUUCGCUUUGUUGCUUGCUGCUCGUCCCUCCCUUGUCUUCCCGCUUCCCCUUCCUCCCCUCUCUCUGUCUGCCCCCCUUCCUCCUUGCCCCCCUCAGGUGGUGCUGCUGCAUGCAGCAGGGGAGGAUUUCACUGCCCUAGCGCCCCUGCUGGCCACAGCAGCAGCAGAGGGAGCACAGCGGGACCAUGACAUUAUGCUUAUACUUUCGCUGUCUGCCCCCCUUCCUCCUUGCGCCCCUCAGGUGGUGCUGCUGCAUGCAGCAGGGGAGGAUUUCACUGCCCUAGCGCCCCUGCUGGCCACAGCAGCAACAGAGGGAGCACAGCGGGACCAUGACAUUAUGCUUACACUUUCGCUGUCUGCCCCCCUUCCUCCUUGCCCCCCUCAGGUGGUGCUGCUGCAUGCAGCAGCGGAGGACUUCACUGCCCUAGCGCCCCUGCUGACCGCAGCAGGAGAGGGAGGAGCAAGAGGAGGGGGGAACGCAGCAGCAGCAGAGGGAGAUGCAGCAGUAGCUGCGAGGGGUGAGGCAGCAGCAACAGCGGCAGCAGCAACAGCGGCAGCAGCAACAGCGGCAGCAGCAGCAGCAGCGGCAGCAGCCAGAACCGGAGGUGCAGCCACAGCACGAGGCCUUACUCUAAUCUCACCCCCGCAUGAUGAGUUUCAAGACAACGCAAGGGUGCUGACAGGUGCGGUUGGUGGGGUGCUGGCAGGUGCAGCGCGGUUGGUGGGUCACUUGCAGGUCCGCUGGGUGCUGGCAGGUGCAGUACGGUUGGUGGGUCACUGGCAGGUGCAGUACGGUUGGUGGGGUGCUGGCAGGAAAGCUCCUCUGCAAGAUGAGGGCCUGCUGGCCGUUCGAAACCUUUUUCUACGUUGGCCGUCCGCUCUACAGAUCCCUUCACAAGCUGGUUCCAAAUCCCCUCUCCUCAAAUCCACGUUUCUUCCAAACCCCAUCUUCCCUCCCCAUCCCUCCUCCCCAGGCAAGCUCCUCCGCAAGUCCGUGCUCCCUCUCUAUUCCCCCCCACUGUCCUCCGCCAGGCAAGCUCCUCCGCAAGGCAAGCUCCUCCGCAAAGUGAAGGCCUGCUGGCCGUCCGCUGUGCUUCUUGCCUCUACUCUGCCGCCCGUUUCCUCUGCCGCCCACAGUGAACAGUGCGGGCGGGAGGGUGAGAGGGUGAAGGGGGCGAAAGGGGGCAGAGAGGUGGGAGAGGAGGAAGAGGAGGGUUGCAAGAGGAGGCGGAUGGAGGGGAGGGAAGAGUGCGGGGAAGAGGAUGCGGGGAAAGAAAGCGAGAAAUGUGAUCAGAACGAGUUUUAUCUGCAAGUGCUUCAAGCCGUGCACGCCAUGGCACUACUCGCCAUUUCCCCAAGCUCCUGUUUCGUGUUCUCAACCCCUUUCCAACAAAACUCUCAUUUGAGCGGAGCCCUCAGUCUACUUGACCUUCUCUACUUUCAGUUCGACCCCAAGCGCCUGCAGCCAUGUUGGCCAUCUUCCAGAAGUCGAUAG